AUGGUGCAGAAAUUACUUCUUUCGCCAAACAGACCGCUUGUGCGGCGAUUAUUGGCCACCGAUUGGCCGCCACUUCACGCCAUACCUAAUCGGCGAGUGUUCGGUCGUAAGCAUCGGUCGAUUCGGGCGGCGAUCGGUGUCGAGAAACACGGCUCACAAAUCUUCGCACAAAACGAUCUUAGCGUAACGUUGUUUGUGUUUAUGCGGCACGUUAUACCCCGGGUCCUGUUUGGCCGGUGCCCGUUGGCCACCAAAGUGUGCUUUAAGUACGGCUUAUAUUCGAAUAUCUAUUUUUGUUGCCCUUGGUCAUUUUUGCUCCAUUCCCGCAGCAAACCGAUGGCCAAAAUGUCCACAAAAUGUUUUCGCGCCGAUCGGCUGAACGCCGUGGAGACCAACGUGUGGGUGGAGUUCAUAGAGUUGGCGCGACAGUACCCGUGCCUUAAUCUCGGCCAAGGCUUUCCCGACUUCGCUGCGCCCCAACACCUGUCCCGAGCGCUGUCGGCGGCGGCCAACGAUCCCGAGCGGCCGCUUCUCAAUCAGUACACCCGAGAUAUGGGUCACCCGAGGCUCGUGAACGCCUUGAGUGAGCUCUACUCGCGGCUGACGGGUCUCAAGAUCGAGCCCAUGACGGAUGUGCUCAUCACUUCGGGCGCAUAUCAGGCGUUGUACUGCGCGUUCGCCGCUUAUGUGAACCCCGGCGACGAAGUCAUUAUCAUUGAGCCGUACUUUGACUGCUACGAGCCGAUGACCAGACUGGCCGGCGGUACGCCUGUGUUCGUGCCGUUGCGGCCCAAACAACCGACCGCUGGCGGUGACAGUCAGUCGCUGUCGAGCGCCGACUGGCGUCUCGAUCUCCAAGAACUGGAGUCCAAGUUCUCGCCGAAGACCAAGUUUAUUAUCGUCAACACACCGAACAAUCCGUUGGGAAAGGUUUAUUCGCGUGAAGAACUGGAACUGAUUGGCCGUUUAUGUCACAAAUACGACUGCCUGGUAGUGAUGGACGAGGUGUACGAGUGGUUGGCCUACGGGGGCGUCACUCACACCCGUAUGUGUUCGCUGCCCGAUAUGUGGGACCGGACUAUCACUAUAGGCAGCGGCGGAAAGACAUAA